GUGUUGCAAAGCACUUCACAGAAACGUCUCGACUGAAAUUGGGUGUAUAGUUUUUAUUUAUCAAAAUUAAGCAAAAUGACAAACGAAAACGUCAGCGUGAGUACAAAUGUCGCCGAACGCCUCAAGCUGGGCGUCCGGGAAGGCGUCACCUAUCCCAUUGUGAUGAAGUACUGCGGCCACUGCACCAUGCCCAUCGAGUACUGCGAAUACUAUCCGGAAUAUGAGAAGUGCAAGGAGUGGCUGGAGCGCAACAUGCCCGAUGACUUCGAGCGGCUCAAGAUCGAGGAGGAGCAGGCAGCUGCCGACGGCACAGACGAUGACAAGAAGCGCCAGAAGCGCGGCGGCAAGGGACUGCUGCGUGUCAAGAAGAAGGAGGAUGUCCCCAAGCGCAUCUGUGUGUCCCGAGCAGCCCGCGGCAAAAAGAAGUCUGUGACUGUUGUCACCGGCUUGAGCACCUUUGACAUUGAUCUGAAAGUGGCUGCGAAAUUCUUCGGCACCAAGUUCGCUUGCGGUUCGUCGGUCACUGGCGACGAUGAGAUCGUCAUUCAGGGCGAUGUCAAGGACGAGCUCUUUGACGUCAUACCCGACAAGUGGGCAGAAAUCGAUGAGGAUGUCAUCGAGGACCUGGGCGAUCAGAAGCGCUAGGCGCCAACACCAACUCCACGUCGUUUCACCAACAAGCAACAAGCAGCACAUAAAUAUUAUUGU